AUGAGGGGUCAAGAUGCGGCAGUUGACUCUGUUACAAUUGUUAUCAAAGAAUGCAUCACAUUAUCUACUGCGAUGCGAAAAUUCAGCCGUUAUUCCUCGCAAACCGGUGUCGCUGCUUUAUUAGGUGGAGGAAGCGAGAUAUUUAGUAACAAUGACACGCUGUUAGCUGAUAACUUUAAUAACCUUUCUUCCAGCAAACAAAAUGAUCCUUUAUUAUCUGGUUUUAUCCAACUUCGUUUAAUGUUGAAUAACCUGAAGGUGUUGCAUGAUGUUGAUUCCCUUACAGUACUACAACCAUUCUUACUUGUUAUUAGCACUGGAUCUACUUCUGGAUACAUCACCUCCAUUGCAUUGGAUUCGGUUCAUAAGUUAUUCACAUAUGAUAUUAUAAACGAAAAUUCGAAGAAUCAUGUUGCUGCCGUGAGACAAACUGUUAAUUCCUUAACUCAUUGUCGAUUUGAGGGUUCUGAGCAAACAUCAGAUGAUUCUGUUUUACUGAAGGUAUUAUCCUUGCUUGAAACGAUUGUGAAAUCAAAAUUUGGAGAUGUUUUAUCUGAUUCACUGAUGAUGGAGGUGAUACAAACCGUGAUGUCGCUCGCUUGUAAUAGGCGGAGAUCAGAAGUUUUACGCAAAGCCGCUGAGAUUAGUAUGCUUUCAAUAACUGUAAAGAUAUUUGAUAAAUUAAAGUAUGUCGAGCCAACUAACGUCAAGAAAUAUAUUAAUGACGAAAGUAUCUCAACGGCAGUUCUUACGGAAGAUUUCAUAGGAACAGGUGAUUCAUCUCUUAACAAUCGAUUCGAAAACGAGUUACGCCUUGGCACCGAAAGUGCUGACAUAAAUUCAGAUGAGCACUCUAAAAGCGAAAACAACGAACCUAACUACGGUUUGCCAACGGCAAAAGAUUAUUUGGGUAUUUUAGUAUCUUUGGUUAUUCCGGAUUCUCCGAAUAAGCAAUAUUCUUCAAAGGUUUUUGGUUUACAUCUUUUAAACACGGCAAUCGAACUUGCAGGUGACAGGUUCCCUGAGCAUCCAAGGCUAUUCAGCUUAGUGUCUGAUCCAAUUUUUAAAAGCCUGCUAUAUUUGAUUCAGAAUAGUGAUAAAUUAUCUCUGUUGCAGGCAGCCUUACAACUGUUUACUACGGUAACGGUAAUUCUGGGAGAUUCUCUACAAAGUCAAAUUGAACUAACUCUGAAAUCCAUUUUUGAUAUUCUACUCGAGGUGAAAACAGGUAACGACGUAAAACCAAGACCCUCAGUUGUAAAGGAGUUGAUGAUAGAACAAAUAUCUAUAUUGUGGACAAGAUCUCCCUCAUUUUUUACUUCGAUUUUUGUCACAUAUGAUUGUAACUUUCAUAGAUCAGAUUUGGCUGUUGACAUAUUGAAAGCUUUGACGCGAUUAGCACUUCCGGAGUCAGCUUCGACAACUGCUGAUAGUGUUCCUCCAAUAUGUCUUGAAGGGCUUAUAUCUGUUAUCGAUGAUAUGCAUAGCCACCUAGACAAAGAUGGCACUUUCGAUCCUAAUAAGAAAACAGAACUCUUGUUACAAAGAGAUCGUAAAGCGGAGUUUAUUAAGUGUGUGGAAGAGUUCAACCAAAAACCUGAAAAAGGCAUCCCUGUGCUGAUUGAAAAGGGGGUCAUAAAGGACAAUUCGGAUGAGGAAAUCGCUCGCUUCUUAUUCCAGAACAAUGGAAGACUUAAUAAGAAGACUAUUGGUGAAUAUAUAGCAACGCCUGAUAAUCUUCCUCUUCUAAAAUCUUUUAUUAACCUCUUUGAGUUUAAAGACUUAAGGGUUGAUGAAGCUAUAAGGGUACUGUUAACGAAAUUUCGGUUACCUGGUGAGUCACAGCAAAUUGAAAGAAUAGUGGAAACAUUUUCAGCUAAAUAUGUUGAAAGUCAAGAAUACGAUGAGAGUAAGGCAGGCCAAGAUAUAGAAGGUGAUUACACAUGCGUUCAGCCAGAUGCGGAUUCCGUGUUUGUUUUGAGUUACUCAAUUAUUAUAUUAAACACGGACUUGCAUAAUCCACAGGUUAAAAAGCAUAUGACUUUCGAUGACUAUACUUACAAUUUGAAGGGUUGUAACAAUGAAAAAGAUUUUCCAUUGUGGUAUUUGGAGAAAAUUUUUGGCUCAAUUCGGGAUAAGGAAAUUGUGAUGCCAGAAGAACAUCACGGUAACGAAAGGUGGUUUGAUGAUGCCUGGAAUAAUUUGAUCUCUUCAACUACAGUCCUCACAGAAACUGAAAUGCAACGUUCAAACGUGCUUGCAGAGCUAGACCACGAUUCUAUAUUGAUGUAUGACAAGGCUGUGUUUGAAACGGUUGGUAAAUUGAUAAUCUCUACUUUAUUCAAAAUUUUUAAAGUUGCAUCCGACGAUCAUAUAAGUACGAGAAUGCUCACAACAGUAGAUAAGUGUUCUCAAAUCGCUGUUUUCUUUGGAUUCAAUGAACUCUACAAUGAAAUUCUAGAGAUGGUAAUUCAACUCACGACUUUAAUAGGAGAGAUUGAUGACGUUGGUAACAAUGUCGAAAUGACCGAUAUACCUGUUGUUCGUAUCCUCGUGGAGGAUACUAGUGAAGCAAUAUGUGUAUCUUCAAUUGCUGUCCGGUUGGGUCACGACUUCAAAGCUCAAUUGUCGACUUUUGUGUUGUCUAGAAUAUUGCAAAAUUGUUCCAGUGCCGUAAUAAACACUGGAGUAUGGGAUCAGUUAACUAAGAUGCUAUUAGCGCUAUUUGAGAACUUGUUAAUUAACCCGGAUCUUUUCCCUUCGUUGCAAGAAAGCUUAGGCUUGGGUCCUCUGCCAAAACCAGGUGCUGAAUACGAUGUUAAUAAGACCAAGUAUACAAAGGGUCUGCUGUACACUUUUGCAUCUUAUUUAAAGGGUGAUGAGGAACCCACUGAAGAGGAAAUACAUUACUCUGUAAAAGGUCUCGAAUGCAUUACGAGCAGCAAUUUGGCAUCAUCGGUAUUUAUUAAUGAAAGGAAUCUCACUUCCGGAUUACUGUCGUCUCUGCUGAACUCCAUGAACAAGAAGAAGACAUCGGAAAACGCUAGAUUUUUUGAGGAGGAAAUCCUCUUCUUAAUGGAAAUAGGCUUGCAAAUAUAUUUCAGAUCUGAUUGCGACGCUGAAAUUGGAAAGUUGUUAAUGGAGGAGCUAACAUCCCUAUUUGACGUUAAUGGUGUCUCUAAUACCUAUUUGCAUCGCUUAACUGUUUACAAGUUAUUUUUGUUGUCUUCUGUUAAGAUGACAGAUUGUUUACUAGAUUUGAUCAAAGAUGGGUUGUUAUUUAAGAAUGAGGUUUACGAUAAAAACUUCUUUAAUAGUAAGAUUGGACAAACUGUAUUCCAAAGGUUGUUGGAAUUAGCAAAUGAUGAAUAUUACAUCUCUGCUGUACUUGGGCUGGAAAGUUUCUGGAAAUUACUGCGGAAAUACGUUUCCUACAAAAAACUAAUCUUAAUGAUUUACAAAUUCUUGGAUGAGAUAAUAAGAAUUAAUUCCAACGCAGUGACAGAUCAAAACUUUAUGUGGUUGCUUGGAUUACUCGAUGAACUGUCUUCUAUCGGUGCCAUCGCAGGUCAAUGGGAGGAUGAAUACAAACGUUUGCAAAAAUCUGGUAAUAAGGUGGUGAAAGAGAAUCCACACCAAGAGACGGUUGAGUUAUCGUUAAGAUCCAUUGACCUAACGGCCCUUCUUGUAUCAAUAAAAAAGGACUUGACUAAAAAUCAAAUAUUCGCGCUUGUGCAAGCAUUGGCUCACCAAUGUUUGAAUCCAUGCUCUCAGCUACGUUCACAUGCUUUGACCUGUUUGGAGACCACAAUGACCGAGAAACUUGUUGAGUCGGGUAAUAAAGUUGAAAUAUCAGAGCUACUUGAGAAUGGAUUGUUUCCGCUUAUCGACAAUACUAAAACUAGUAAUUCGGUCCAACUGUCUGAAAUGAUUUCGGUUUUGUCUAAAGUUUACCUGUUUUAUUUAAAAAAAGGUGAAACAGAUAAUGUGACGUAUUUGAAAGUCCAAAAUAUUUUCAAUAGAUAUAUUGACAACCCAAAAAUAGAAGAAAAGCUACAGGAGUUAAUUACAGCCAAGAAAGAAAUCGAUCGAGAACUGCACGGCAGUAAGGAAACAACCCCAAUAAAUGGUUGUAUGAAGACGACAACCGAAAAACCUCUCUCUAAUGUCCUUACGGUCGAAGAUCAUGAAUAA